UUAGCUAACCUACUAGAUACCAAUUUUCCAUAUUGCGGCCCAACCAGGCAUUAAUAUGUUUGAGGAAGAAGCAAAAUGAGUAAUGUCAAACGUGCUAAAAUUGGUUUGCCAUAUAAAAUCAAAAACUGAAAUAUAUGACAUUGCGAAAUCAAAUUAUUGUACAAAAUUGUUCUUGUUAACAGUUAACUUUACUAAAGUCUAAUGUUUUUGUGGUGUACUAAAAUGUGUAAUAAAUUUUCAGAAAGAAAGACUAAUUCACAUAUUGAAGGGUUGGAUUUGUCCAAUUUUGAUUCGUCUUUGGCAUCAGUAGCACCUGUUACGGACAGCAUAGAUUAUCGGAUAUUUGUGGGAACUUGGAAUGUAGGUGGGAGGACUCCAAAUAAUGAGCUUAACCUCGACGAUUUCUUGCAGGUUGAAAGCUCUUCAGAUAUAUAUGUAGUUGGAUUUCAGGAAAUAGUACCUUUAAAUGCAGGCAAUGUUUUGGUGGAGGAUAAUGAACCUGCAGCAAGAUGGCUAGCCUUAAUAAACACAACAUUAAAUCGGAAAAAUUAUGAUUCCUUGCAUUCCCCGGGAGAUUCAACUCAUCCAAGCCCAAACACGAAAGCAUCCAAGGACUCGAAAUCCAACUUCUUUCAGAAGCCUAAUCUGAAAGUUCUUAGUAAGAAUUUCAGAGUAGACAGCAGCCUUGUUAAGACCUGUAAUUGCUGUUUUGAUUCAGUGACAGUACUUCCAGAAAGGCAUAGACCACGGCGUAUACAUGACAAUCCUUUCCAAACUCGUUACACAAGUAGCAUGGAAGAAUUAUGUUCAAUUGUUCCAGAAUUACCUGCUGUCCCUGGUCUUAAUGAAUAUAAUCUCAUUUCAAGCAAGCAAAUGGUUGGCCUCUUUCUUUCGGUUUGGGCUCGAAAAGAAUUAGUUCCAUAUAUUGGGCAUGUCAGAGUAUCUACAAUGGGCACCGGAAUAAUGGGCUAUCUAGGGAACAAGGGAUGUAUAUCAAUAAGCAUGACACUCCACAAAACUAGCUUGUGUUUUGUAUGUUCUCAUUUGGCUUCCGGUCAAAAGGAGGGAGAUGAGCUUAGGAGGAAUGCAGAUGUAUCUGAUAUAUUAAAAGGGAUGCAAUUCCCAAAGAUAUGCAAGAAAUCCGAAAAAAAGGCACCUGAGAAGAUCAUUGAUCAUGAUCGAGUCCUUUGGUUUGGAGAUCUUAACUAUCGCGUGUCUUUGCCUUAUGAAGAAGCUAGGCUUCUCCUAGAGGACAAUGAUUGGGAUACCCUCCUCGAGAAAGAUCAGCUGAUCCUAGAGAGAGAUUCGGGUAGAGUGUUUAGUGGAUGGAAAGAAGGACGAGUAAUGUUUGCACCUACAUAUAAGUACACUCAAAAUUCAGACAUGUACGCGGGAGAGACUGCAAAAUCCAAAAAGAAACGGCGAACCCCUGCCUGGUGUGACAGGAUAUUAUGGCAUGGACAAGGAAUUAAACAAUUGCACUAUGCAAGAGGAGAAUCGAGGUUUUCAGAUCAUCGGCCUGUAUGUGCCGUGUUCUCUGUAGAUGUGGAGGUGAAACGUAAAAUAGGCACAAAAUAUAGGAAAGGUCAUUCUUGCACUGGCUCCAGAUUAAGUGAGUCUAUGCCUCAACGUACAGUUUUUAUGAGUACUGAAUUCUAAGUUCUAACCACAAUAUAACAAUCUUUUUUUUUUUUUUGUAAAGUUCAUUAGAUCAUUCUUGUUGUAAUUACUGAGAAAGUACAGCAGCAAUAGCAAUCUAAAAUUUUGAUAUA